CCGGUGGUGGGGAGGGGUCCCGUCACGGCUCGCCGGUUGGUCCGCGCGGGCGCUGCUGGCGGGGAGGCACGGCCAAUAGGCUGCGCGUUCCCGGCCACGCCCGCGCGAGCUCUCUUCUCGCGAGGCCGGCUAGGCCCGAAUGUCGUUAGCCGUGGGGAAAGAUGGCGGAAAAUUUAAAAGGCUGCAGUGUGUGUUGCAAGUCUUCUUGGAAUCAGUUGCAGGAUCUGUGCCGCCUGGCCAAGCUGUCCUGCCCUGCCCUUGGCAUCUCUAAGAGGAACCUCUAUGAUUUUGAAGUCGAGUACCUGUGUGAUUACAAGAAGAUCCGAGAACAGGAAUAUUACCUGGUAAAGUGGCGUGGAUACCCUGACUCAGAGAGCACCUGGGAACCAAGGCAGAAUCUCAAGUGUGUGCGCAUUCUUAAGCAGUUCCACAAGGACUUAGAAAAGGAGCUGCUCCGCCGGCAUCACAGGUUGAAGCCACCCCGGCAUCUGGACCCAAGUUUGGCCAACUACCUCGUGCAGAAGGCCAAGCAGAGGCGGGCACUUCAGCGCUGGGAGCAGGAGCUCAAUGCCAAGCGCAGCCACCUAGGACGCAUUACUGUGGAGAAUGAGGUGGACCUGGAUGGCCCCCCACGGGCCUUCGUGUAUAUCAAUGAGUACCGUGUUGGUGAGGGUAUCACCCUCAACCAGGUGGCCGUAGGCUGCGAGUGUCAGGACUGUCUAUGGGCACCAGCUGGAGGCUGCUGCCCUGGGGCAUCCCUGCAUAAGUUUGCCUACAAUGACCAAGGCCAGGUGCGGCUGCGAGCCGGUCUGCCCAUCUAUGAGUGCAACUCCCGCUGCCGCUGCGGCUAUGACUGCCCCAACCGCGUAGUACAGAAGGGCAUCCGCUACGAUCUCUGCAUCUUCCGCACAGAUGAUGGGCGUGGCUGGGGUGUACGCACUCUAGAGAAGAUUCGCAAGAACAGCUUCGUCAUGGAGUAUGUGGGAGAGAUCAUUACCUCAGAGGAGGCGGAGCGGCGGGGCCAGAUCUAUGACCGUCAGGGUGCCACCUACCUCUUCGACCUGGACUACGUGGAGGACGUGUAUACUGUGGAUGCGGCCUAUUAUGGCAACAUCUCCCACUUUGUUAACCAUAGUUGUGACCCCAACCUACAGGUGUACAACGUCUUCAUAGACAACCUUGAUGAGCGGCUGCCCCGCAUUGCUUUCUUUGCCACAAGAACCAUCCGGGCAGGCGAGGAGCUCACCUUUGAUUACAACAUGCAAGUGGACCCCGUGGACAUGGAGAGUACCCGUAUGGACUCCAACUUUGGCCUGGCUGGGCUCCCCGGCUCCCCCAAGAAGCGGGUCCGUAUUGAAUGCAAGUGUGGGACUGAAUCCUGCCGCAAAUACCUCUUCUAGCCCUGAGAAGUUUGAGGCCAGACUGACUGAGGGGGGUCUAAAGCCACCUCCCCCUCCCCCACUCCUUCCCUCUUAUGGGGGAAUGACUGCCAGGGCCUUGCUGCCUCCACCUGCUCCCACUUGUCCCCUCUACCCCCCUCCCCCCCGCCUGCUCCACCUGCUCCAGGGUCAGGGCUGCAGUGAGGACCAACUCCAGGAGUCCCCUUUCUCUGUCCCAGCUCCAUCUGUUGGUUGCACUUACAAACCCCUGCCCACCUUCAGAAGUACCUUUUUCCCAUCAGGAUUUUCUGCAGUUGGGAUUUAUGACCUAUGAAGGAGGUCCAAGGGGUGAGCCCAGCCCCAGAACAGAAAGAUACUUGUUUCUGCCUGGAGCCUGAGGGGUCUGCUGCAGGUCUCCUCCCUAUUGCCUCGGGGUGUGGGGAAGCAACACCCUGGGCAGGCAGACAUCAGAGCCCAGAGUUUCCAGCAUGACUUGAAGCUGGUUCUCCAACCACAGAACCUUUAUACUAGUGAAAGAAAAGGGGGUUUCCAGGGCAGGGUGCUAAGGCUGGUUUUUGCCCAUUGUGCUUAUGAUGCUUAUGAUGUUGGCCUUAAGAGUCAUAGGAUAUCUGCCAGGGCUUUACAUCUGAGAAGUGGAUGCCCAUGGCCAAUGAGAGGAAGGUGAUCUAUACUUUGCUAGCCCUGGAGGUGGCCAGGACUGAGUUCUACCUUCAGGAAACACAGAGAAGAUGUCCCAGGCUUUCAGGAACACUGAGUGUUAGGACUCCUGCCAUGGAGUGUGAUGAUUGCUAGGACUAUUCAGAGCUGGAAUCAAGACCUAGAUAGUCCUAGAUAGCACUUAGGAGAAUAACAUGCAUUGAUGGAAAGCUGAUGAGGUGCAUCUGGUCCACGUGGAUUGUCUCAGGGAAGCCUUGAAAACCACAGAGGUGGAUCCCAGGAAAGGGCCUGUGUGGUAGAAGGCAAAGUACAGGCCAAGAAUGGGGGAAAGCUUACCCACUAAGAUACAGUAAGGCAAGAGGAAAUCUACUUCCCACCAGCCUCAGCCUCCAGCCCUUUGUGCUCACCUUGGGUCCACUGGUCUCCCAAAUUGCCUACAAAUGUACAAAAGGUGAAAGUUCUGAUGGCUGCCUCGCCCUGCUCCCCCACCCUUGUGAGGUCUUCUCUAGGAAACCUUUACUGACUACCUGUGCCCAGAGUGCCCCUGUGUGAGACUGUGCACCCUGCUACCAGAUCUAUGUGUCUGUCUGUCUAUGUGUCUGUCCUGCCCUUGCCCCCAAGGCUGACCUUCAGGCAUGGACUGAAUGUGGUUCUCCUCUUGUACACCCCUCAGCUCUACCCAGCCUGGAGUGGGCAUCAAUAAAAUACAUUGUUGACUGAAUAA